AUGGCGGACACAGCGGAUCUAUCCAAAAAAAUCAAAGAAGUAAAGGACAAAACGAAAGCUAUUUUAGAAAGCGAUGCAAAUUCAAACUUGCUCGUUGAUCUACUGGAACUUUCGGAGAGGGAGGAUGAAAAGCUCCUCCUCGCAUUUAUCAGAUCAGCACACAAAAUCUUCACAACGUUUUUUUCUCGUGGAAAGCUACAACCUCCUUCUAGCAUGGCGAAAGAAAGCGAAGAUCCUGGAGAUGUCUUUUGUUGCUGGCUGCACGAAAAGUAUUUGCUUACCUUGAAGCGGCUUCUGUAUCUGCUGAGUGUUGGAUCACAGAAUGUUGCGGAGUUUUCCUUAUGUACAUUAAUGAAGUUCAUUAUCGAAGAAGGCAAAUUAAUGAAGUGUUUCCCGAAUGAGCUAUUCAGGCAGAUUUGCGAUGCACUCUUUGAUGGACAGCGCAGCAUGAAAAUCUGCAUUGAACGAUUUGCAGAGUUCUUAGAGUUUGACGAUGUAAGGUUUUAUGUGCUGAAAAAUCUUGGUAAAUUCCUGGGGAAUGUCUUCAACAGCACUGAGAAAUUUCUUGUGGAAAAUACCUUGACAAUGCUGAGCCUUGUAAAGAUGAAGAAAAAUGAAAACGAACUCAAUAAUUUUCUUAUUGAUGUGAGAAAAAAGAAGAAGAAAAAGCAUGGCAAAAGUGGAAAACAAGAAGAAAGAUUUCUUGUUCUACAGGAGCAUAGAAGGGUGUUCAGCUCAGCAUGGCUUGGGUUUCUUUCAAUUCCAUUGACAUCAGAAGUUCACAAGAAGAUCCUACUGAAUCUUCACACCGAUGUUUUGCCUCACAUGACUGACCCAAAACUGCUGAUGGAUUUCCUGACCGAUUCCUAUAACACCGGAGGUGUUACAAGCCUACUUGCACUCAACAGUCUAUUUGUGCUGAUACACAAGCACAACUUGGAAUACCCAGAUUUUUUCAAGAAGCUUUAUGCCUUGUUUGAGCCUAAUAUCUUCUAUGUGAAGUAUCAAGCGAGAUUCUUUCACCUGGCUGAUCUGUUUUUGAUGUCAACACAUCUUCCCUCUUACCUGGUUGCCGCUUUUGUAAAGCGUUUGUCGCGCCUUGCUCUCACUGCUCCUCCAUCAGGUGCAAUGUUGGCAAUUCCUUUUGUCUGCAAUUUAAUUAGGCGGCAUCCAAGUGUACAAGUCCUCAUUCACCAAAAGAAGGUAAGACAGAGAAAUUUUGUUUUACUACUUUCCCCGCCUCCUUUCUCCCUGUCAUUUGGGACAUUUUAUAGGAGAGACUUAUGCACCUCAAUGACAGAAAUGCCAAAUUGAUGCGUAAAAUCUGUCCAGAAUCUAGUCAGGAGCUCUGAUUUGUUGAUGUAGUAAUAUUGUCAGGGUUUUCAUUAAUAGUCCUGGUAGCAGGAGAAAGGUUGGCCUGCGAAAACAUCCAUUUCUCCUCGCUCUUCGUAGCUGGGGACGUUUCGCGCGGAGGAGCGUCUGUGACUCAGCAGCAGAAAUUCCAUACUGAUGACACAAAUCAAUGUUUACAUAAUAAAUCCAGUAGUCAUGGGGUUCCAAAUAUAAAUUUGUCCAAUUUUAUUUGUCUUCUGGUCGAUUUUCGUAUACUGUUGUGUUCAUCUACCAACACACUCCAGCAAAACUCAAAUACUUAUUCUAGGGGAGACUAUAUUCCACAAAUAUUGACAGUUAUGUUAGAGAUUCUUAUCAUUUCCUUUUCACCAUUGUAGCAUGUUGUUUUUUGUCGGUCUAGACUGUCAUUCUUAACUAAUAACUAAAAAUAUCUAACAAUCCCGGUCACUAUUUUUACCGGGUUCUNCCUGUCAUUUGGGACAUUUUAUAGGAGAGACUUAUGCACCUCAAUGACAGAAAUGCCAAAUUGAUGCGUAAAAUCUGUCCAGAAUCUAGUCAGGAGCUCUGAUUUGUUGAUGUAGUAAUAUUGUCAGGGUUUUCAUUAAUAGUCCUGGUAGCAGGAGAAAGGUUGGCCUGCGAAAACAUCCAUUUCUCCUCGCUCUUCGUAGCUGGGGACGUUUCGCGCGGAGGAGCGUCUGUGACUCAGCAGCAGAAAUUCCAUACUGAUGACACAAAUCAAUGUUUACAUAAUAAAUCCAGUAGUCAUGGGGUUCCAAAUAUAAAUUUGUCCAAUUUUAUUUGUCUUCUGGUCGAUUUUCGUAUACUGUUGUGUUCAUCUACCAACGAGCUCCAGCAAAACUCAAAUACUUCUUCUAGAGGAGACUAUAUUCCACAAAUAUUGACUGUUUUGUUAGAGAUUCUUCACAUUUCCAUUUGACCUUUGUGGCCUUUUGUCUUUUGUCUGUCAAGACUGUCAUUCGCAAACAAUAGCUAAAACAAUGUAACUACCCCGUCCACCAAUCAGACCGGAUUCUGGACAGAUUUUACGUCAUCAGUAUGGAAUUUCUGUGGCUGAGUCGCAGACGUUCCUCUGCGCGAAACGUCCCCAGCAGCGAAGAGGGAGGAGAAACGGAUGUUUUCGCAGGCUAGGGAAAGGUGUAACAUUACUGGAGAACAUUUUGAAAGAGGCUCCUCUUCUGAAUAAAAAAUAGUCAUAAGCUACCGAAUGUUAGGCAGAGAAUUCUGCGUAAUAAACAGAGAAUUCUCUGAUCUCCAAUGCCUAAAGAACACCCUGAAUUGUAUUCUUUUAGCUAUGUCAUUUCUCUUGUUGAGGCACAGACUUCUCUCCCACAAAUUAAAUGUCCCUAGUACCAAGGAUGAAUGGAACAAGGCCUUAAGUGACUAUUCAGGUAUUGUCGAUAAUACUCCGUAAUAAGUAGGUUGACUAUGAUCAUCUGGGUGAAUGUAGUCCUGAAUAGAACUGUUGUUGUUAACAGUGACUGACGUUUAACCUGUGCAGUCGUCAUCUUCAGAGUCAAAGUGAGUUGUCAGUUAAUGGUAUUAAACUCUGGUUAUUGACCUGAUUAGUCAAUUAAGUCGUGAUGUUAUUGGUCGUCUGUCAGUAAAGCCGUGAUGUUAUUGGCUAUGAAGACUUUUAAUGUCAUUGGUACUUUUCGAUCCACCUAUUGUCACAGUUAUUUAUUGUCAGUCAAAUUGUCAGUUGUCCAGUUUAACAAGGAAACUCAGGGUAAUUCAUAAAGGGAACCAGUUUAUCAAAGUCAUGCAGGGCUUUUUUUCUAAUACCUUUUUGGUAGACAUCAUGUCAGAAUGUAACCCAUUUUUUACAAAACAAAAAUACCCAAAGAAAGAUGCCAAAUGAAUUUUUUUUUAUUUUCUUAUUAUUAUUUUCAGAGCAGUUUUGGUGAUUUUUAGUAUCCUAUAGGGCAUUUUCAUAUUACAUCACGCCCACCACGUUAGUGUUCCAAAGUAGUGCAAAUGCAGCCAUGUUGGUGUUCCAAACAAAUCCUGUGGGAGUUAAACCUUUUUCUCACAUAAAGAGUUUCUUUUCUCCCAAUAAAUUUGCAUAGUUGCUGGCCAUGUGAGUAAAAAGGCUCUAUUAACAGAACAUUAUAUUAAAAAUGAUGCACUUUCUCCUGUACUGUGGACAUACCUAUUUACGAGGGUUUUCCCAUGGCUUCCCUUUUCUUCAGAUAGACAUAAGAGACUUGAAAAUAGCACAAUGACAAGGUUGGGGCUCACAAAUUUAUUAGUUUGACUGUAAAUGGUCAGUCAGGAUUGAGCAAGAAUACCAGAUAUUCAAUACACCAUGCAUAGUUUUAAUGUAGACAAAUAAUACUGUGGAACCCCACCCUACUUACAGCACUUAAUAGAGACACCUGCGCACAUGUAUAACAGACAGUUUUGUUUGUCCCGACAAAAUGCUUACAUAUCUGUUCUAAAAUUAACAUGCUUUAUGAACACCUAUUAGUACAUGUAUGGACAAUGGACACUAUUUUCGUGUCCAGAGGCAUAAAAUUUUCAAAUAUUGUCAACCCCACUUUACUAACACUGGUUAUCUAUGCACUAUCUAUUUUACUUCUCACAGUCAUGUGCUAGUUGUAGACAUCGCACACUAUUCAAAUAUUGACAGAUUUCUGUGGGUUAAUACAGUAGCAAAAUACUGUGGCAUGUUUGAUUUUGAUAAAAAAUCUGUCCCUUUUUCACGUUUGACUCUUGUACUGUAGCCAUUUGAUUAAGUUUUCUGCCUUCAGUAUUAGGAUUAGCGUAGUUGUAGAGCGCUUGACUGCAGAGCAGAAGGUCACGGGUUUGAUUCCCGGGGCCACUGGACCGAUACUCAGGGUCUCAAAAUAACUGAGAACUGAAGGUACUCCCUUUGCACUGCUAGCGGCUAGACCUUCGCGUGGCUCAGAUGGCCACGUAAGACGGCGGUCCUUCUCCAGUUGGAGAUGUAAAAAUAGUGUCCCCAAUUGGUACUUUCAUGCUAAAUACCUUGACACCCAAAUAAAGUGUUUUUUUUUUCAACUACACGUGCAAGUUUCACUUCCUCUGCACUUUGCUGAGGUCAUUGUAACUAUUGUAGCCUUCUUCCUCUUUUUCUGCUUUAGUCUGUAUAUCAAUACAGUGUGUGUCCGUGACUUUUUUCGGAAAGCUUACUUACUACGGACAACAUGGCAAUUGCCCUCUUGGUAUCCAUAGUAACCGGGUUCCACUCUAUCAUUUUGUCUUUAGUCAGGAAAGUUACUGCUUGAAGGUGACUCAGAAGAAGACAUUUCAGAUUCUCAAAAAGGUGAUCCUUUUAUUCCCGAUGAACCAGACCCUGCAAAAUGCAAUGCGCUGAAGAGUUCACUUUGGGAACUGAAAACUCUCCAAAGCCAUUAUUAUCCAGGAGUUUCAUCACUUGUGGAAAUGCUUCAGAAGCCACUCGGUACCAUGGAAACGGACAUCUCGCAGUAUUUGGAUGAGGAUUAUGAUCAACUGUUCCAGAAGCAAUGCAGAAAGAUUACAGCGGAAAAUGCAGUUUUGGAGUUUCAAGUUCCCAAGGGAUUAUUUAGUAAGGGCAUGUUAGAGAGCUGGGUCUUGGAGUAA